AUGUACCGUAAAUCCCAGACGACGGGCUUCCCAUCGCUCAUAACUAUCUUCAGUGCACCCAACUACCUCGAUGUCUACAACAAUAAGGCGGCCGUGCUCAAGUACGAGAACAACGUAAUGAAUAUCAGACAAUUCAACUGCUCGCCACAUCCAUACUGGCUGCCGAACUUUAUGGAUGUGUUCACGUGGUCCCUGCCAUUCGUCGGUGAAAAAGUUACUGAGAUGCUGGUUAACGUAUUGAACAUUUGCUCGGACGACGAGCUCAUGAGCGACGGAGACGACGCCCUCGAAGAAGAACAUCCUCUGCAGAUACUGGCUUACUCUCAACUUUAUUUUACUAAAUUUACAAUCAGCAAUCUACAAUACAAAACAUAUUUUUUUUUAUCAUUCUUCGUACAUAAAAUCAAGCCUUAUGCUUAA